AUGUCCGAGAAAUCAACCCCAAUGGGCAACCCUGAAUGUCCGAGUGGCGCGAAUCACACGAACGGGCACCUCUGUUUCUUCGACAAGUCUCCUGAAGGGAUUACCGCUCGAAGGACUUACCUGAAGGUCUUCAUCUGUGGAACACUCUUCGUCGCCGUGAUGAUAUUCACCAUCCUCCCCAUCUACUGGGGAGCACUAUACAAAGUCCCAGUGCGAAAUCUUGAAGGGUGGGUCGUGGAUUUCGAUGGUGAUAUGCUAGGCCAAACCAUUUCCCAAGCCCUCGUCCAAAUCGCUGCACAACGAGGACGCAUAACAUGGAUUCCGAAACCUGCGUCAGACUUUUCCAGAGGCCUCGAAAACCUCGCCCAAGACGUGCGCGACGAACGUAUCUGGGCUGCGAUUGCCAUUUCGCCUAGCUCUACAACGACCCUCUUUUCUUCAAUCCAAAUUCCCAACCCAGCCUACAAUGGUUCGAAUGUGAUCACCGCCUACGCUGUGGAAGCACGGAAUGAACAAGCCUACCGAGGCCUCAUCCGUCCCUCAAUCGACCUGGCACUCACGACCAUCUCGCACCAACUCGCGCUCGAAACGACAAAACGCGCAUCAAGGAUGCUUUCCCCAACCGCUCUCCAGGUGCUAUCCCAAGAAUCGCCUCAGACUUUGGUAGCACCUGUGGGAUACACGAUUCACAACCUCAUUCCUUUCGACCAACCUGUUGCAAGUGCUGCAACAUUCGUAGGGAUGCUGUUGCAAUUGGCGUUGAGUGCUUUCGUUGUGAUGGUCGCCUUCGGAGCUCGAACACUUUCAGGAUACGAACACUCCCUUUCAACGACUCGACUCCUAAUCCUCCGCUUCGUCUCCAUCUUUGCUGGUUUCUUCUUUAUCUCCCUCAUGUACUGCCUCCUCAACCUCGCCUUCCAACUGGACGUCACACGCAAGUAUGGACAUGCAGGCUUCGUCGUAUUCUGGAUGGUCAACUUCCUCGGGACACUUGCUACCGGUCUAGCCAUCGAGUCCAUACUCAUCCUCUUCGGACCAAAGGGUGUUCCUUUCUUCUUGCUUCUAUGGAUCAUUGUGAACCUCUCAGCGACGUUAUUCCCCAUUGAAGUCCUCCCAGCCUUUUACCGAUAUGGAUACGGAGUCCCGUUUUAUAGUCUUACCAAGGCGUUGAGGACCAUCGUCUUCGGGACCAAGGAUCGCAUGGGACGAACCUGUGGUAUCCUGAUCGCAUGGAUAAGUAUCUCAUGUAUCACGAUCCCCGUUUUCCAGUGGUUGGUACGAAGGCGCCUAAGGGUUCCCAAAGAAACACCCGGCGAAGAAAAACCAAAUCACGAUGGUCAUUAA